UUUAACACAAUUCUGCACUGUAUUGUUUGAUUUGGAAAUUACUUAUACAUUUCGCAAGAUUCAGAGUAUAAAAAUGGUCCGUCGGUGUGCUGGAUCAUCCCAGAGGCGUAUGUCCGCCACUGCUGAACCAAUCGGUAGUUCCGGAAGCAGAUCAUCAAGAAGACGCUCGUCAGUUAUACAACCAUCAUCAUACGAGUUACCCGAACACAGCACCAGUCCUAUCAACCUUAACAGACGCAGCUCUGUUGUGGACCUCAACCGGAGAACUUCCGUUGCUUCAAACAGUUCCAGUACUGAUCUAGAUCAGAUAACAGACAAAGAAAUGGAACGGCUGCUGACUCUUUACAAUUCAAGGAAAAUCGAAUUUAAUCCUAUGACUAUGAGUGUUCGAGAGGAAAAAUUAAAGUCAGUUAACAGUAAGGGAUCAGAUAGUGUAACACUGAUGAUACUCCUCGUUCUUGGAAUUCUAGCCAUAUUAGCGUACGUUAUAUGCAGCUAGAUGUUCAUAGGACAGACACAAUUCAUAAAUCAGUCUGAUGCAGCUCUAAGGGCAAAAGAAGAAAAGACAAUAAUC